UGGGCCAGUGAAGACCCCACCGGCCCGGGUGGGAGCGGCGGCGGCGGCGCGGGGGGAGCGGAGGCGCGCACGGCGCGCGGCGGGGCGGGGGCGCGCACGCCGUUGCCAAGCGGCGAAUUCGGGCCGCCGUAGCUCAAGCCAAAAGGAAGGAGAAACAUACUAAAAUGUCACCUGAAGUGGCCUUGAACAGAAUUUCUCCAGCACUUUCGCCCUUCAUUUCCAGUGUGGUCAGAAAUGGAAAAGUAGGACUAGAUGCUACUAAUUGUUUACGGAUUACAGACUUGAAGUCUGGCUGUACAUCAUUGACCCCAGGACCCAGCUGUGAUCGUUUUAAGCUACAUAUCCCUUAUGCGGGAGAAACACUCAAAUGGGAUAUUAUUUUUAAUGCUCACUAUCCUGACCUGCCACCAGAUUUUAUCUUUGGAGAGGAUGCUGAGUUUUUGCCAGAUCCUUCUGCCUUGCAUAAUUUAGCUUCCUGGAAUCCUUCAAACCCUGAAUGCCUUCUGCUUGUUGUGAAAGAGCUUGUGCAGCAGUAUCACCAAUUUCAGUGCAGCCGAUUACGGGAGAGCUCUCGUCUCAUGUUUGAGUAUCAGACUUUACUCGAAGAGCCCCAGUAUGGAGAAAAUAUGGAAAUCUAUGCUGGCAAAAAAAACAACUGGACUGGAGAAUUCUCAGCUCGCUUCCUCUUGAAGUUGCCUGUUGAUUUCAGCAAUAUCCCUACAUACCUUCUCAAGGAUGUGAAUGAAGACCCUGGAGAAGAUGUUGCACUUCUCUCCGUUAGUUUUGAGGACACAGAAGCUACUCAGGUUUUUCCUAAGCUGUACCUCUCCCCACGUAUUGAACAUGCCCUUGGAGGGUCAUCUGCCCUUCACAUCCCAGUCUUUCCUGGUGGAGGUUGUCUCAUCGACUAUGUACCCCAAGUAUGCCAGCUGCUAACAAACAAGGUACAAUAUGUUAUUCAGGGAUACCAUAAGAGAAGAGAGUACAUUGCAGCUUUCCUGAGUCACUUUGGAACUGGUGUAGUGGAAUAUGAUGCAGAAGGAUUCACAAAGCUUACUCUGUUGCUGAUGUGGAAAGAUUUUUGCUUCCUUGUUCACAUUGACCUACCCCUGUACUUUCCUCGAGAUCAACCAACCCUAACAUUUCAGUCCGUCUACCACUUCACUAACAGUGGCCAGCUGUACUCCCAGGCCCAGAAGAAUUACCCAUACAGCCCCCGAUGGGAUGGCAAUGAAAUGGCCAAGAGAGCAAAGACAUAUUUCAAGACAUUUGUCCCUCAGUUCCAGGAGGCAGCAUUUGCUAAUGGGAAGCUUUAGACAGCUUUGGGCAUGGAAACUAUACUGGACAGAUCCUUCAGUCUGCACAUAUCAGCCCAGAAGAAGAAUGCUUGGAAAUGGGUUGGACUGUCUUGAAUAGGUGCUUUCUUGCCUCUGAACUGGUUUUGGUAGCUUCAGUUUUUGAAACAAAGACCUCACUAGCAUGCUUAGAACUAAAUAUUUAGUAUUAGUCCUGCCCUUUUGCCUCUGCCACCACCAUAUAUAUAUAUCACCAUCACUAUCUAUCGCUUUAUAUAUCUAUUAGAUUAAAUUUAAAAGGGUGUGUAUUGAUAUGUUAACACUUUCUUGUGCCAACAAUGUCCUGUAUGUUAUGCCUUGUUUCCUUGUCUUCAGAUGGUCUAAAAGGGAUUGUUUUUCCCCAUGGAAAUACAAUGUUAUGUGUAUAUUUAGUUAACAUUUUCAGCUUAUCCUAAGAAAACAUAAAACUGCCGUAUGUACCAGGAAUGCCUAAUGGAUGUACAGUGCCAUGUUCUGCCUUGGAGGUUUCUGUCUCACUGUGGUUGUUACUCUCACAGGUGUGGAUAUGAGUUGCACACUUCAAUUCCGAGUGCCUUUCCAGUUGGUCUGAAGUUAAUAUGGCAGGGUGCUAGAGGUUUGGUGGUUUUUCUAAUACUUCUGUUGAAAGCUCAUAUUAUGUGAAAUGUUAGGCUUUUAUGGUUUGUUUUUAUCUCCAGUUGUACAAUUUUGGUGUUUUCCUAAUGAGUGCCCCUUGCAAUUACAAAAAAGUUCUACUUCUUUAGUACCAACAUGCAAGUAACUAGUAACUAAACCAGAAUAACAAAAUAAAGCUCUUUCAUAAACCUGUAAUUUUUCCAAAUAAGAUAAAUGCUGCUAAGAAGCAAACUCUCAACAAAGGGAUGAAUGAUGUCUUGGAAAAUAACUGAUGAAAUAAGGUAGGGCUAUAGGUAUUUAGCUUAAUGUUUAAGUUCAGCACAUCUUCUCAGAAAAUACUUUCAAGUGUAUAUAACUGGAAACAUUAUCUCGGCUAAUUCUGAAAUGCCAAAUGCAAAAUCCCACCUAUUCAUCCUUCCUUUCCUGCUUGUGUCAGGCACACCAGUUGGGAUUAAUGUUCACAAUGUCACUUCCCCAAUUAAUUUUUGAAUAGACUAAGGUACUUUCCAGUAAGGAAUAAAAUUAACAGAGUAUGUUGCUUAUAAAUGGUAUCUGGAAAGUGUGCUCUACUUCUGCUAAAUACAAGGAACUAAAUGAAUAAUACACAGAUGAUACAGUGGAACUGGAAAAUAUUUAAUUUUAAAUUAUUCACUACAGCAUCACAUGCAAGGAAGUCUCGUAAACUUGAUUGGCAGUAUUCUCCUACCCUUUCUAACUUAUUUUGCAUGAAAAAUACUGCUUUUCAGGGUUUAUGUUCACCUAUGGAAAUACAGAUGGGUUUUGAGUAGUGGAGCUUAAUAAUUCACCUCUAGAAACUACAAGUAUUUUAGCUAGUUUGUAGGCAAAAUUUAAUUUAUGUUUAAUACUGAAAUUCUUGGCUGAAAAUUAAGCUGCAAACAAAAUCAGAAGCUUUAUUGUAAGCCUGCAGAGAAGGCGUAUUCUAUCCUGUGACCCAGCCCUUUGUGAUUCUCUGUGCAUUACCUAAGAUCUGUCAACAGUUUCAAAGGUCUGAGCCUGAAUUCCCUCUGUGGAGGUAUUGCAUGAGGCUUUUGCAUGCUUAAAGCAGAUGUGGAAGGUAAUGGUUUUAUGUGGAUAGUAAAAUCAUAACUGAACAACAUCAAGUGACUAAGAACAAAAUAUUGUUUAGUAUACCGGAAUGAUCUCACUUCUACAUUUCUUCAGGUAAAAGCCAAAGCCACAGACACAUAUUCAAGAAUAAGCCGACCUUGUGAAUGGGGUAGGAGAAGGAGGGUGGCUAAUGAAAAACAUUUGUUCUCAUAGUGUUCAAAAUCUGAUAGAAACAAUCUCUAGCCAUCUUCAAAAAGUAUAAACCAAACCCUUAAAUUGCAUCAGUACAUUCCUGGAAUCUUAAAUUUUAUAACUUUGUCUUUGAUUCAGUGUUGUACUGAAUCAAAGUUCACCAGUUGCACCAGGAACACAAUGCUUUAUAUACCUGAUUGCCCAAGUGGCACCAGUUAUUUUUAUUUUUUUUUUAUCUUUUCAGAAGUUAUCAUAAUUUAAAGGAUAGCAAUUGCAAAAUAGUUUGAAAAGAGGUCCAGUCUUCAGAAUUUAGAUUUAUUCUCAACCAAAAAUGCAGCCUUCACCUCAGUCCUAGUAAUUCUGAACAAUGAACUGCUUUAUUAUUAAAUAAUUUUAGAAGCCAUGUAAGAAAAUAUUUUGAGGGUACUAAAAGCCUAAACCAGCAAUUAAUUGUAUUGAAUUCAGUAGUUUCACCAAUUUUUCACUAACAUACGUAGAAACAAAUUAAUAGUUUCAGUCCAAUUUUAACAUCAUGGUACAAUUGGUAAUAUUUUGAAGAAAAAAAAAGAUAGAAAAUAUGAAAAACUGUACUGUUUGUGUUUAAGAUAAGAAUAUAAAUUUUCAGAUUAGAAGAAAAGGCAUUUUUGUUACACUUAAUGAACAUUUUCUUUAUUUCAAAGUCACCCUUCACUGUUUGACCUACAUGGUAUUUUAUGGAUCCCUUUCUAAUAGUUCUCAGAAGUAUUGGGAGUGUUAGCUCUCCAGAUGGGGCAUUGAGAUGAGAAACACUGAAAUUAAUGGAUGCCUCUCUCCAGGAGAUUUACCAUAUAAGUACUAUACCAGAAGAGGGUUUGUUUGAAUAAUUUUAUAUCAAACCAAGUAUCCAUUGAAGGCAUUUAAGUUAGCCACAAAAGUUGGGAUCGGAUGAGUUGGAGUUAUUUCUGUUAUCUCCUGUUUUACUAUAAUUUCCACUGUGACCAUUUUAACAGCACCAAGACUCAGCACUUCCUUCCCUAUUAUGUGAUAUAUGCAAUUGAAGGGAGCAGUCAGACCUAGGCGAUUUUUCUUGGCUUAUAAGAACCACAAAACGUAGGAGAAAAAUAGCAAUAUUGCAAACAUAUCAAAAAGCCUAAACUCUACACUGUCCUAGUUUGACUGAAAGAAUGCAGUAAGUCUUGAGUUACUAAGCCCUGCUAAUGCAUGGUUUUCCUAAGGUCCUUAAAUCACAAACUUAAGAGUCAAGCCUUCAUUCAUCUGCAUACAUAAUCUACUGUCCUAGAAGUAAUACCAAAUCUUAUGGAUUCAAAGUCAGAUUUUUUAUGAACUUGCUGGAAAGACUGGACAAACAGCUGGAAGAAUAAAUAAAAAGUAACUAUACCAUA